CAUAACUCCUCCCAGACCCCCACAAUCCAUCGUUCCCACUCCCACUGACCACCACUCCCCCACGCCACGCAUCCGCCCAUGGCGUCGCGCGACCUCGCCGAGAGCCUCCUCCCCGGCGCCGGCGGAGACGGCACCACCUCCUCCUCCUCCCACGUCGAGUACGACGAGCGCGCGUACGACUCCGACGACAAGGUCUCCAUUGCCGUCUCGGACUCCGACUCCGAGGACGGCGGCGGGGACGCCGGCGCCCGCCCGGCGGCCUUCUCGUGGCGCAAGCUGUGGCGCUUCACGGGGCCCGGGUUCCUCAUGUGCAUCGCGUUCCUCGACCCGGGGAACCUGGAGGGCGACCUGCAGGCCGGCGCGGCGGCCGGGUACCAGCUGCUGUGGCUGCUGCUGUGGGCGACGGCCAUGGGCGGCCUGGUGCAGCUGCUCUCCGCGAGGCUCGGGGUCGCCACGGGGAAGCACCUCGCCGAGCUCUGCAGGGAGGAGUACCCGCCCUGGGCCGCGCGCGCGCUCUGGGCCAUGACCGAGCUCGCGCUCGUCGGCGCGGACAUCCAGGAGGUGAUUGGCAGCGCGAUUGCCAUCAAGAUCCUCUCCGCGGGCACCGUCCCGCUCUGGGGCGGCGUCGUCAUCACUGCGUUCGAUUGCUUCAUCUUUUUAUUCCUGGAGAACUACGGUGUGAGAAAAUUGGAAGCAUUUUUCGGCGUCUUGAUUGCAGUCAUGGCAAUGUCAUUUGCAGUUAUGUUUGGUGAAACAAAGCCAAGUGGCAAGGAUCUUCUGAUUGGUUUGGUGGUGCCAAAGUUGAGCUCAAAAACAAUCAAACAGGCGGUUGGAAUUGUGGGCUGCGUCAUCAUGCCCCACAAUGUCUUCCUGCACUCAGCACUAGUGCAGUCCAGGAAGAUUGACACAAACAAGAAAUCCCGCGUUCAAGAAGCAGUUUUCUAUUACAACAUUGAGUCCAUUCUUGCCCUCAUUGUCUCCUUCUUUAUUAACAUCUGUGUUACGACAGUUUUUGCGAAAGGGUUUUAUGGGUCUGAACAAGCUGAUGGCAUAGGUCUUGAGAAUGCUGGACAGUACUUACAGGAGAAAUACGGGACUGCGUACUUUCCUAUACUGUAUAUCUGGGCUAUUGGGCUGUUAGCAUCAGGACAGAGUAGCACCAUUACUGGCACAUAUGCAGGCCAAUUUGUUAUGGGAGGCUUCCUAAAUCUUCGGUUGAAGAAGUGGUUAAGAUCAACGAUUACACGCAGCUUUGCAAUUGUUCCUACUAUGAUUGUGGCAUUAUUUUUUGACACGGAGGAUCCUACCAUGGAUAUCCUGAAUGAGGCACUCAAUGUUCUUCAGUCCAUACAGAUUCCAUUUGCACUGAUUCCUCUCAUCACCCUUGUCUCAAAAGAGCAAGUCAUGGGGUCAUUUGUGGUUGGUCCUAUCACAAAAGUGAUUAGCUGGAUAGUUACAAUAUUCCUGAUGCUCAUCAAUGGGUAUCUUAUACUGUCCUUCUACGCCACUGAAAUCCAGGGGGCGUUGGUUCGCUCGAGCUUGUGCAUUGUGUUGGCAGUUUAUCUUGCAUUCAUCAUCUAUCUUAUUGUGCGAAACACCUCCCUGUAUUCUCGCCUUCAUUCAGCAAUGACAAAGAGCUCAUAAGUGCCCUCAGAGCCUUUUUUUUGAGGAAAAAUGGCAGGGGAUUUGCCUUGUCACCUUCAGAACUGUUAGAAAACACCAUGUUGAAGCAGAUCAUAUUUGAAGAAAGCUGCUCCCCCAUGUAAAACUUGUACGACUGCAUAUGUGUAUUAGCUCCAGGAAGAAGUCUAAUGAACUACACUGUAUAUUCCUUUGCUGUUGUAUAAAUGGAUUGGUUAGGCUUCUAGUUCUCCAUUAGGAUUGGGAUAAACCACACUGGAAUUCUCGUAUUUGAGGUUAUAAAUACCAGUAGAUAGCUUUGUUACCUGUCUCUCGUUUGCCGGAGGAUGAUGGUGAUGAUCUGCAGAAGUGUUGUAAUGUUAUUGACACUUGAACUGAUGAACAUCACGUAUACUCAGAAGUCAGAAAUCCUUGCAGUACUUGGUAAAUUUCUUCCUGGGUUGGUAAAAAUGCCAUGGUCGACCUGCCGAGGUUGGUCUCCAUGGUUUUGUUCUUUGAAAUAAGAAGUGAAAUGGCUUAUUUGCAAAUGAAAAAUAAUUUAUGGGUAAAAACAUGUAUGUAAAUUGUAAACAAGACCGAGGUAUAAACAAGUUGUAUCCAAAAUGCAGUCAUAUCA